AUGACCGAUCCAGAAAAUUCCACUGCCCUCAGCAACAACAGCACACAACCAACACAAGAAGAGGAACAUGACGAUUGUGACUCGAGCAGUGAUGAUAAAACAAAGAAACGUUCAAUAUCUAAAAAAGCUUGCGAGCACUGCAAAAAAAGUCAUGCUUGUUGUGAAGAUAAGAGACCAUGCAAAAGCAAAAAGAGAGGACGUAAACGAAAAUUCGUGCAGCCAACAACAACGCCAUCGGCCACUACUCAAUCUCAACAACAAUCCGUUCUAAUUCUACCACCUCAUCAAACAACACCUCACAUCCAUAUUCAACCAAAAACAUCUCAAGUCAAUAAGAAGCCUGUAUCAGCUAUCAAUCACGGUCCUAUUAUUUCAUCUUUUAAUUACAAACCAAUUGCUCCAAGCAACUUGGGGAAGCGAGUAUUGGCCAACAAUAAGCCUGCCGUUCAUCACGCCACCACCUCUUUUAUUCAUCCACCACCAACCAUCUCUUCUUCCAGUAUAUAUCCACUUCCAUCCUAUCAUCAUUGUCCAGUUGCUAGUUUUGUAGGGCAUCCUAGCGGUCAUCAACCAACCUCAAAGGUUGCUACUCAACCCAUACAAAGCCUUCAUACUUCAAGAAGCGCUACUGGCUGUCCUUUUCAUCAGCAACAGCAACAACAACCAACAAAUAGGUCAUCCAUGGUUGUUUCAUCUUUACCACAUGCUCAUCCAGUAAUUCUACCAACAUCAAUUUCUGAAAUUUCUGUUCAGAAUGAUCUUGUUCAAACAUCUAAACGUUGUCCAUUUAACCACUCAUCGGCAAAUCUUGGUAAUUUUACUCCAACGGAAGCAAUGGCUUUCAAACGAACAAAGAUGACUAUGGAACAACCUCCUCUUGAUAAUCAUUUGAGACUUGCUCCAUUAAAUCCUAUUGUAGACAACAAAAACAUUGGGGAAUCGACACGAGACUCAAAAAUUGCUCUUCUGCGAAAAUGGCUUUCAACUUCAGAAAUUCAACCAUCGCCCAAUGCUGCGGAUGGAAAGGCAUACAUUAUUCACAAGUUAAUGACAGAUGAUGACGUUAACUAUCAGUUCUGGGCUCUUCUUGACGAAUAUAUUAUUUACAGUUUAAAGCAAAUUGAAAACGGUAAAUCCAUAGACGAUUUCACAAGAAGUAAGACAAAUAAGGAGGCUAUUGAACAAUUAGAAAGUUUAUACAUUUCUAUUGGGACUUCAAAAUGUCCUUUCCUUAUUCUCAGAAAAGAACAAAGUGAUCCAUUACCAACACCUCCUCCACAGCUUGAGACUCUUCCCUCCAUUACAAACAUUUCUCUUCCAAGUUUGAAAACCAUCCUCAAUCUUGACAAUACGUUUGGAAGCUCCCAACACAGUCCAUUCACGAAAUGUCCUGUUGGUUAUCAUUCUAUUUCUAAUGAAAUUCAAGAUAUGAAUCGUGCCACCGGCUUGUUACCGUCUAAUCACCAUCCUGUAAAUUCUGUUAAUGACAAUGGAGAUUUCAGUGAAGCAUCUGAAAUGUACAUCAAAGGAAUCUUAGACUUAUGUGGAACUUGUAUUGCCUUUUAUUCCCUGGAUUUUGGUGGAAGACUCUUAUUGUGGAACAACAAAGCCAAACAAGUGCUUGGAUAUGAGAAUGUACCCUAUGGAUUAUUGAAAUGGGAUGACUUGUUGCACAUUUCUUCAGAAAAUAAGGCAUAUCUUCCCUCUCCUUCUGACUUGCCAUGCCUUCAAUAUCCAUGCAAUUUUAUUAUUUCACACGGUACUUCUAAACAACCAACCCUCAUUCAGUCUGAUACGGCAUGUUUUGUGAAAGAUCGAUUCUCAGCUGUUUCCUUUAAUAAAUAA